AUGUAUUCAUUGACCAUUUUGGUGACAAUUAUUUCAAUUUGGUUUUUUCAAUCAGCAAAGUGUCAGCGCUUUGGUUCGGGUCCCUGUCCUAUAGUUAAACCACAAUCUGAUUUUGAUAAAACAAAAUUUUUUGGUCAUUGGAUUGAAGUGGAAAAGUCUCCGUCGAUUUUUGAUCUUAUUAUGAGAUGUAUUUCAGUUGAUUAUUCAGAUGAUAACGACGGAAGUAUUAAUGUUGUAGUUCGCGGGACAUCACUUGCUGGACUACCAUUGAGUGUCAAUGGAGAUGGUCUUCCUCAAGAUGUGUCUCGAAAUGGACAGUAUAGUGUUAGAUAUGGUUUUGGUGUACCAUUUCAGGGCACAUACAUAACAGUAGUCGACACCGAUUUUAAUGAUUACGCUGUUCUCUAUUCGUGUACAAACAGUCUUCUUCCCGGUGUUUUCCACACAGAGUAUGUAUGGAUACUAUCCCGUGACGGAACCCUUUCUAACCCUUCACGACAAAACAUUUAUGAAAACUUGGAUCGCCUUAAGAUUAAUAGAGUUGGUCUUCAAUUGAGUGAGAGAAGUGCCUGCGCCGGGAGGAACACCACUUUGAAUCAAAGAGAAAGUGAUGACGAUCUCACCAAAGGAACUACACUCAAACCAUUACAACCGGAAGCACCCGUUCCUGUCUCCGGCUCUUAAUAUACAGUAUUAAA